CGGCUGCGAAGCAGAAGCAAGAGCCCAAGGAACGGAUCAAAUAGGAGAGAAGGGAGACACCCCCGGUUGAAAACGUGUGAUUGUGGACCGCCGUCAGGCAUGUCUGUGGAUUUUAAAACUUAUGCAGAUCAAGCAUGUAGAGCUGCUGAGGAAUUUGUGAGUAUUUACUAUAAUACAAUGGACAAAAGAAGAAGGGCACUUAUCCGACUAUAUCUGGACAGGGCCACCUUAAUUUGGAAUGGAAAUGUUGUUACUGGGUUGAACGAGCUAAGACAUUUCUUCGAAAUGUUGCCUUCUAGUCAGUUCCAGGUUAAUAUGUUAGAUUGUCAACCAGUUCAUGAGCAUGCUACACAGUGCCACUCUACAGUUCUUGUUGUGACCAGUGGAACCGUCAAGUUUGAUGGGAACAAACAACACUACUUUAACCAGAAUUUCCUGCUGACAGCUCAGACCGCUUCUAAUAAUAACACUGUGUGGAAGAUUGCCAGUGAUUGCUUCCGUUUUCAGGAUUGGUCUAAUAGUCACUAAGUAGGGCACAAGUCCAUGCUUUAUUGAGUUCAUUAGUUCCAGUAACAGAAGUUUAUAUACAAAAUAAUACAUUUCAUUAAAAAGCUUUUCCUUGUAAAAGCACUAGAAAUAUGUGCUACAACUACAUUUCUUUAAUAUUUUUGUAUUUCUAGCAGCACCUUUUGACACAGCUGCCAGUUUGGAUUGUUGCCCUCAAGAGCUUUAAUGCUAGUUUUUUACAUGCCUUAUAUACACAUUCCACUGAUGACAUUCUUACAGUAGUAUUAAACAUGAUCUUGGUACUAACAUUGUACUCACUGUGAAUCCAGCCUAUUUCAAAAAUGGAAUCUUUUUGUAAUAGAAUAUUAGCACAACAUAGAUCUCUGGGGAAAGAGUGGAUUUUUUUGUUAUUAGCUUAAUUUUAUAGUGAAAUGUGUACUUAUUUUUGGUUAACACUGGUAAGAGAGUUAAUAUAUAAUAUACUUUUUAUUAAAGAUCAGGUCAGUAUAGGUUUGCAUAACAACUCUGAUAUAUUUGAGUUGCAUGUAGAGCCAUUUGGUAGUCUUUUUCUUUCAGAUUUUCUUUUGUUGACUAGAGGUGUGCAAAAUGUUCUCAGUUGAUACCUGAGUAUUGGGUGUAUUUAGUGACUUAAAAGCAAAACUUCUUAAAACCAUGUUCUUGGCAGCUCCAAGUAUAAAUUUAGGUAAAUGAGUGGUAGUAGAACUAAUAGCUUUAAUGAGAGAAUGGGUAAUGACAAAUGUAGAAAUCCAAGGUUAAAGCCCAAAGUAAGAGAUAGGAGGAGAGGGUUGACCAAAUGGUAGAGUUUUGUAAUUUGUUUCCUACCUCCUAAAAAAUGUGGCCUAUUUUUAGGACUUAAACCGCUGUUAUUAUCCUUGACAAAUGGUCAUGAAUGUCACUUUUGCCCUAAGAAUGAACUUUUGAGGUUUUGUACUUUACCUCAUACUUGUCACCAAAAUACGUCAAUUUAUGAAAGAAUGUGUAGGAGUAAAAUGUCAGCAAUAAGCCUAACUUUGUGACAGGGUCUAAUAGGAAAGUGGGAAACAAAGCCAUUCCUAUCUCUUUGACACCAUAAACUUCUAAGUCUUCCAUGUGAACUUUAGGCCAAAAUACUCCUAUUUAUUAGCCACCCAUGAAGUGAGUGAAUGUCCCCAGUUUUGUACUCUCAACUGUAUUAUAUAUUAUUUAAAUUUAAAAUUAUUUUAUGAUUUGUUCUUCCUGUGACAUUGGGCAAAAAGAUAUAUUUUGAAAAAUAUUCCCGUUGUGUGACUACAGUUUGUUAAAGAUAAAGAACAAUAGAUUUUCAUGUAAACUUCAAAAGAGCAAUUUGUUGUUAUAUGUCAACUUGUGAAGAGAAAUGAAAAAAUCUUAACUGGUGUUUGGUUAAACUGUAAAAGCCUUUGUAUUUAUUAAUGUUUUAUAUCCAUUUUAAAAUCAGUAAUAUUCUUUUGCUCCAAACUACACUAAUUCUGAUAUACUAUUAAAAUUGUAAAUUCUAGUACACCUUCUUGUCACACUGAAAAAAAUGUAGAUAUUAUACUCAAAAUUUUAUUCAAAAAAAUAUUGUUUUGGAUUUUUAAAGCCACAGUUUUAGCAGCAACAAUCAAAAUGCGUACAUACUGUCCUUUUCUUUGUGGAGAAGUCUCAAAAUCUUCAUAUAAAGAACUGAUGUUAAUUCUUGUGAAUUAUCUUUCUCCAAACACUGUAUAACUUGUAAAUUAUUGUAUUUUUGACAUGUUCAUAUAUUUUUAUAACUUAAAAAUAAAUUUUGCGAUUGCAAGUUUU